AUGAUUGGUCUCAGUGGCUUUCGCCGGAGAAGGGAUUUGGGACCUGGGCCCACUCGCUUGCGGGAUCCACUGCCACUGAAAAGCGCGGGAGAUUGCCGGCCGGCCGGCCGGCCGGUCUGAUAAUCUUCCGUCAGACGAAGUAUCGAGGCGGGAGCGUUCGCUCCCUCCCUUUCUCUUCAGUCUUCCCCCCUUUUCUCUCUGCUUCGGAUGCUUGGCUCGUUAGUCGAGACGGAGAGAGAUAAAGGCAAAGGCCAAAAAAGAGCGUGCCUAGGUAAUCGCAAAAAUUUUGACUGCCCGUUUCUUUUCCGGCGACCUGGGUCUCCUUGCCAUCGGGAAUUGGAGCUCUGUUUCUCUUUCUCCGUUUUCUCAUGAUCCAUUCAUGCUUGCUCGAUCGCCGGAGGAGCGAGGGGAGCUCCGAUUGGACGAGAUUCUGGAACGGAGGCGCGUGUUCUGGGGGUCCGCACGUUGUUUUCUCCGGAGAUCUUCUGGAAAUUUAGCGCUUUGAGGGCGCAGGUUAUCUACGGUUGCCUGAGAGACGAGCAGAUGGACGGUGUAGGGCGGGAGGAAGUCGGGAUCGUGGAGGCAGCGUGACUUUGAAUAGGAUCCGGUGCGGGGCGAAGAGACGAUCGGGUCAUCAUCAUGACGCAUUUCGCGAAGCUCGACGAUUCUCCGAUGUUUCGGAAUCAGAUUCAGUUGAUGGAAGAAAGUGCGGAAGCAUUGAGAGAAAGAAGUCUGAAGUUCUACAAAGGAUGUCGCAAAUACACUGAAGGACUUGGUGAAGGAUAUGAUGGGGACAUUGCUUUUGCAAGCGCUCUUGAGAUGUUUGGAGGAGGCCACAAUGAUCCCGUUAGUAUUGCUUUUGGAGGCCCUGCUAUGACUAAAUUUACCAUUGCAUUGAGGGAAAUUGGCACCUACAAGGAGGUUCUACGUUCCCAGGUUGAGCAUGUACUUAAUGAUAGGUUACUGCAAUUUGUAAAUAUCAAUUUGCAGGAUGUCAAGGAAGCACGAAAGCACUUUGAUAAGGCAAGCCUCAUUUAUGACCAGACACGAGAGAAGUUUUUGUCAAUGAGGAAGAGUACCAAGAUUGAUAUUGUUGCUGUUGCAGAGGAGAUGUAUUCCAGGAACUUCACAGUGCAAGAGCUUCUUUUGAACAGGCUCGCUUCAAUCUUGUAUAUCACUGCUUUAUCAAAUGUGGAAUCAAAGAAAAGGUUUGAGUUCUUGGAGGCUGUUAGUGGAACAAUGGAAGCUCAUCUUCGCUAUUUUAAGCAAGGUUAUGAGUUGCUGCACCAAAUGGAGCCUUAUAUCCAUCAGGUGUUGAUUUAUGCACAACAGUCAAGAGAAAGAUCCAAUUAUGAUCAGGCAGUUCUUGCCGAGAGAAUGCAGGAAUACAAAAGACAAAUAGAUCGUGAAAAUAGGUGGUCUUCUAAUGGCUCUCAUGGUUCUCCUUCAAGGGACAGAAUACAAACCAUUGGUAGAAGUUCACAUAAGAUGAUAGAGGCAGUCAUGCAAUCAGCUGUAAAGGGAAAGGUACAAACUAUCCGGCAAGGAUAUCUUUCAAAACGUUCGUCAAACCUGAGAGGUGAUUGGAAGAGGAGAUUCUUUGUCCUUGACAGCCGAGGAAUGUUAUAUUAUUAUCGCACGCAGUGUGGAAGGCCAUCAGGAGGUGGAAGCCAAAAUUCGAGAAGGGGUUAUAGUUCCUCAGAGCAUGGUUCUGGCUUGUUGGGCAGAUGGCUUUCAUCCCGCUACCAUGUUGGUGUGCACGAUGAGAAGUCUGUUCCACAUCAUACUGUUAAUCUGCUCACAUCCACAAUUAAGGUUGAUGCAGAACAAUCAGAUCUUCGCUUCUGCUUUAGGAUUAUUUCUCCAUCAAAGAACUACACAUUACAGGCAGAGAGUGCACUGGAUCAAAUGGAUUGGAUUGAAAAGAUAACUGGAGUAAUUGCAUCAUUACUUAGUUUCCAAUCGCCUGAGUUGGGACUGCCUUCUAGCCCAAUGGGAAGCGGCCAUCGUCAUACUGCUAGUGAAAGCAGUUCUUUAGAAAUCUCUUCUGAUGCUGAUGAGGCAGCAUUGGGGAACUCUACUUCAGACAGGAACUUGAUUACAGGAAAUCAUGAACAUUCAACUAGAAGCAUACAGCAGCACAGGUCCAGCAUGAAACACGAGAAGCCCAUUGAAGUGCUGAGGAGAGUUGAUGGCAAUGACAAAUGUGCAGAUUGUGGGGCUCCUGAGCCAGAUUGGGCCUCUCUGAACCUUGGCAUUCUCCUUUGCAUUGAAUGCUCUGGUGUCCACCGUAAUCUUGGUGUACAUAUAUCAAAGGUCAGGUCUCUAACACUUGAUGUCAAGGUAUGGGAGUUUUCUGUAAUCAAUUUAUUCCAGACACUUGGUAAUACAUAUGCUAACUCAAUUUGGGAGAAGCAGUUGCAUUUCACCAAUAAAUCGAGUUCAGGUGAUGCUGACAUGAGCUCUAGUGAAUCUGUGAAGAACCACCACCCAAUCCUUAUGAGCAAACCUGCUUCUAGUGAUUCAAUUUCAGCAAAGGAAAAGUAUAUUCAAUCGAAGUAUGCAGAAAAGCUUUUUGUUCAAAGUCCGAACUCAAGUCAGAACCUUGUAUCUGUAGCUCAACAGAUGUGGGACAGUGUUCGUGCCAACAACAAGCAAACUGUGUAUCGCCUCAUUGUGGAUUCAAAUGCUAAUAUAAAUGUUGUAUAUGGGAAGGGAUCAAUUAGUUCAGUCCCGACUAUAGCAAAUGCUAUGCUUUUGCACGACCAACAUAAUUUACGGCAUGAUUGUGGAACUCCAUAUGCAGAAUGGGAUGCUGCUAAUAAGUUAGUGGCAGUAGAGUCCUCAUCCAGGCCGACAACCUGGGGAACCUCUUGCUUUCACGCUGAGCGGGGACUGUCCAUAAGUAAUAUGAGCUCUAUGGGUACAACUGAGAACAGCGGUGAGCUGGAUGAAGAUCUUGAAGGCUGCUCCCUCCUCCACUUGGCAUGCCACACUGCAGAUGUUGGCAUGAUAGAGCUUCUCCUGCAAUAUGGUGCUAAAAUAAAUGCGUCUGAUGCUAAAUGUCGAACACCUCUUCACCAUAGCAUUCUUAAAGGCCAUAAUGCAAUUGCAAAGUUGCUUGUUUCUAGAGGGGCCGAUACUUUGGCUGUUGAUGGAGAUGGGAAGUCCCCGCUUCAGUUAGGUAUGGAUGCAGGAACCAUCAACGAAGAAGAGCUUUUCAUUCUUUUAUCUGAUAUGAUGAACAGAUGACUUGAGGGCACCGAACAGAGCGAAUUUCUUCUGUAUGAUUAAGGGCCUGUGCCAGUUCAUUCCAGGAUGAGGUGAGACUCGUGGUCAUUAAUUUAAAAUCAGUUGCUCAUGGUUACUUAUCAGGAAAAAGCAGUUGUUUUCGUGCGUCAGUUAUGUAUAUAUCCGACUAAAGCGGUAGCCACUACGGGUGCCUUGAGCCUGUUGUCAAUUGUCAUGGGUGCAGUCGUGAAGUUUGUGAUCAUGCCCCACCAUCACCUGUCCAGUUACUUUGGCUUGCGUUUUCAGUUAUGGACUGCUCUCCCCCUGUAGCCUAGUACUGUUGUCGGUGCUCCCACCUGUAUCUUCUUCACAGAUGGAUCAUUAUUGUGCAUAAUUUUUAUUGUAAACUGACUUCUGCUGAAAUCCUCGAUGGAAGAGUGCUAUUGGUCUUUGUUGUAUCAUUCUCUUAAUGUAUAAAGUAAAAACCCUUCCUGUUCGUAA